AUGGUGUGGCUAUCGUGCAUUGAUUGUGGAGUGAUUUUUGAGCAGCAAACCGUUCAGGGUCGUACGCAAUGCAUCACUGAGGCAGAGAAAUAUAGUCCUAAGGAGCAAGUAAAAACACCAAAUGGUUCAAAUGCAAAACCCAACAAGCAAACAAAGGAAAAACCCGAUAUUGAUAUAAAUGUGGGGUUAUCUCCUCGUCCUCCUUGGUUUUGUAGUCUUUGCAAUACCAAGGUUACCAGCCAGCAAACAUUGCUUCUUCACGCUGAAGGAAAGAAGCAUAGGGCAAAGGCUCGGGCUUUUCAUGCUAAACAACCGAAAAUAAAGCGAAUAGUGAAUCGCUGGAGAAUAAACCUAAAGGAGAGGCCAAACCGUAGGAUCUGCCCAAAGAUGGCCAUGUCCAAAUAAACUCAGAACUCAGGCCCGGCCCCAGUAGUUGUUUGGAGCUGCGGCCACCCAGGACCCAAGGUUAAAUCCAAUUUUUAAGGCCCAAAAUUUAAUUUUUUUUAGCUUUCAAGGGCUCAAAAAUGUCAGGCUGCUCAGAAGCAUCAAAUGGAGAAAUAUCAUCGAAUAAGAAGAGAAAGCUAGAUGUGCCUGUGAGGGAUAUUACCGAAAUACAGAGUGUGGAUGAUAGCUCAGGCAAAGCCUGCAAUGUUGUGAGAGAAGAUAAAGCAGCAUUUAUCACUAACAAAGAAGAUAACAAAAGAAAUAUAAAGUGGAAGAAGUUUAUUAAAGCAGCCUUGAAAUCUAUAUGUCUCCUAACUAGUAUUCAUUCUAUUUCAAACUUUUUUUAUGUUAUAUUAGAAAUUAUUCAACUUCUGAUCAGCCAUUUCCUUUCCCUUGAACCAGGGGUCGGGAACUAAGUAGUCACGAAGUUGCAUCCCGUUUAUCAAAAUUACAAUGAUCUUUCUCAUUGUUGUCCUUGUACAUGCAUUUAUGCUAUCUUUUAUAUGCAUUUGGCUGAGGCCGGAUGGAGUUUUGAAGAUGCGGAAGCUGCAAAAACUGGUUCUUAAGGCCCUCCAAGAAUCGGGUGUAGGUGAUGAUGAUAAGUCCCAACUAAGUGAAAUGUUGGAGCACUAGGUGAGGGUGGUUCUUUGUGUAACCUUAUUUCUAGAAAGGUUUUCCUAUCGACUAUUCAUUUAAACUACUGUUGUCGAUUAUUUUCUCUCUGGUGUUGUAGAUAAUUUCAAACUCCAGAUAUACAGUUGAAAACAAAUACGUACAUUUAGUGGCUAAAGACUGGCUUUAAUGGAAGCUCUUUUGUGGUGGAUAUUUUGGAA